UGAAUUUGUCCAAGUUCAUCCUUUGUAUUUUGUUGUUUUCAAAACUUUCAAAUAAUGCAGUAAAAUGACAAGUUUAUAAAUAGGUUAUCUCUAUUUGCGGUUAGAAGAAACCUUUAUUAUAAAUUAAAGACAAUGGUGUUGUCGCAUUCAUUUGCGCAGAAGCCCUUAACCUACACAAAGAUGUGUUUUCUUGUAAACUGCCUCAAAAGAUUUAAGAGUUCUCAACAAUGGUUGAGUCGCCAAAAAGCUGAUCCAUAUGUUGAAAAGGCAAAAAUAUAUAAUUACAGAUGUCGGAGUGCCUUCAAAUUACUAGAAAUGAACGAGAAAGCAAACAUCUUAACUCCAGGUCUAACAGUCAUUGACCUUGGUGCUUCGCCAGGGUCAUGGACGCAAGUUGCAGUUCAGAAAACGAACUCUGAUGGUGCAGAGCCCAAUAAACCUAAAGGGAGAGUGUUGGCUAUUGACAAACUACAGAUAUUCCCCAUAGAGGGAGCUUCAAUAAUGAGCAACAUGGACUUUUCUACUAUAGAUGCUCACGAUAAAGUCAUAGCAGCACUAGAUGGUACAAAAGUGGACCUGGUUCUAUCAGACAUGGCCCCCAGUGCAACUGGUGUCAAGGAGCUUGACAAAGACAGAAUAAUAGGUCUGUGCUACAUGGCCAUAAGGUUUGCAGCCCUAGUCAGUAAAGUUGAAGGUAGCCUGCUAUUCAAAGUAUGGGAUGGCAAAGAAGUUCCCAUAUUACUCAUGGAUUUAGAGAAAUUUUACAAACAAAUUAAGAUCAUGAAGCCACAAGCAAGCAGGUCUGAGUCCUCAGAAAAGUUUAUACUCGCAAGAGGUUUUAAAGGUAUACAGCAACCAUUAAGGAAUGGCAGAUGGGGGGAGUAAAAUAAAGACACUUUGCUCUACAAAUCUAAAUAUGCAUAAUAUUUGAAGAAUGAUAAGGAUUUUAAAAGGUGCAGGAUAAUGGGCUUGAGAUUAAAGGUGUUGUUGUGACUUAAAGCAGUAUUUACUGUUAUGUAUUCGUUAAGAAAACAGCAUAAUUUUUAAAUAAUGCCAUACUAUGUUGUAAGUGUAGCAAGAAACAAGUCUUCCACACAUUGUCAUAUGUUUUACUUUAUAAGAGUCAAGUGUAGUCUUAUCGAAUCAUUAAUGUAGUUAAUUAUUGUCAUUUAGAUAACUCAAAACUAUUGUCAUAAGAUUUAAAAGAUCAUUAUAAACUAUGUUAUUGUACCUAUGAUAUUAUGGUUAACUGAGGAAUUAAAAAAAACUUGUUUAUUAAAA